GUAUUAGUUUCUCUUCUUUGGUCGCCAUGCGCAGUUCGUUUCUGAUCCUCUGUGUCCUGCUCUGCUGCUCCUUGGGCUCAAGCACUCUCUUUGAUGACGAUCUACGUGAGCUAACCGAAUUUCUACGUCUGCAGAUGCAAUGUGGCUAUCCGGAACGUGGUAUACCAAUCCUGGCUCCAGCUCAGAGGGCCUUCAAGGCGAUUGACAUCAGUACAGAUAGUUUUCGCUGUGAGGGCAAUUUUACGGAUCUGUCCGUAGUGGGUCUGGAUGGAUUUGAGUUCUAUAAACUCAAAUGGAGCAAUAUAAAGCAUAACAUCCAGUUCGAUAUGACUUUUCCUCGCAUUCAGCUGAACAGUUCAAACUACAAGCUGAACAUUUUAAGUCACCUGCUUGGCUCUGAUGUGUCCAUGUGGGGCGAUGGUGUCUUCGAUCUGGAACUAAUCAAUCUGCGUGCCAAUGGAAGCUUCGUCAUACGUCCCUCAACUCUUACCCAGGGAACACACAUCAAGAGCUGGAAAGUUGAUUGGCAGCUGGGCAAGUCCAACUCCAAGAUCACAGGAAUUAUGGGCAAAAAUUUAAUGGUCUCAAAGAUUUUUAACCAAUUUAUCGAUGAAUUUUUCGAGCUGUUAAUCAACGAUAAUCCAAAUGAGAUCUCUCAGUUUAUGGAGCAAUUGAUAGUGUCACCAAUGAACUCUGUGCUAGAGAAUGUAGCCUGGUAUGAGAUAUCAGCUAUCAUUUUGGGUCUGGUUAAGGGAAUAUUGCCGGUAGAGCCCAUUUGUUAAAAUAUUGUCUAAUGAGCGAUUGA